CAAGGGCUUCCUCCAGUCCUCGGUGCCCAGGCAGGAGCGACAGGGUGAAGCGCGAUGGAGGGGAGCCCGAUCCCCGUUCUGACGGUGCCGACGGCCCCCUACGAAGACCAGAAGCCGGCCGGGGGCGGGGGGCUGCGCCGGCCCACGGGCCUCUUCGAGAGCCAGCGCAACUACCUGCCUAACUUCAUCCAAAGUGUCCUGUCCUCCAUCGACCUCCGGGACCGCCAGGGCUGCACAAUGGUCGUGGGCAGCGACGGCAGGUAUUUCAGCAGGACGGCCACAGAGAUCGUGGUGCAGAUGGCCGCGGCCAACGGGAUUGGCCGGUUGAUAAUUGGCCAGAAUGGCAUCUUGUCCACGCCUGCUGUUUCAUGUAUUAUUCGAAAGAUCAAAGCAACCGGUGGGAUCAUUUUAACAGCAAGUCACUGCCCUGGAGGACCAGGGGGAGAGUUUGGAGUCAAGUUUAAUGUUGCCAAUGGAGGACCGGCACCAGACGCAGUUUCAGACAAGAUCUAUCAGAUCAGCAAAACGAUUGAAGAAUAUGCCAUAUGUCCUGAUCUUCGAAUCGACUUAUCCCGGCUCGGAAGACAAGAGUUUGACCUGGAGAAUAAGUUUAAGCCCUUCAGAGUGGAAAUAGUGGAUCCAGUGGAUAUCUAUCUCAAUCUCCUUCGGACUAUCUUUGACUUCAGUGCCAUUAAGAGCUUGCUGACUGGCCCUAAUCAGCUGAAGAUCAGGGUUGAUGCCAUGCAUGGAGUGAUGGGACCCUAUGUGAGGAAAGUCCUGUGUGAUGAUCUAGGAGCCCCAGCCAAUUCUGCAAUAAACUGUGUUCCUCUGGAGGAUUUUGGAGGGCAGCAUCCUGACCCAAACCUGACUUAUGCAACCACCCUUCUGGAGGCCAUGAGAGGAGGAGAAUACAGUUUUGGAGCUGCAUUUGAUGCUGAUGGAGACCGUUACAUGAUUCUUGGUCAAAAUGGUUUCUUUGUGAGCCCUUCUGAUUCCCUGGCCAUUAUCGCUGCCAAUCUCCCUUGCAUUCCAUACUUCCGUCAGAUGGGGGUCCGAGGGUUUGGUAGAAGUAUGCCCACCAGCACAGCACUGGACAGGGUGGCAAAGUCCAUGAAAGUUCCUGUGUAUGAGACCCCAUCUGGAUGGAGAUUUUUCUCCAACCUAAUGGACUCAGGGAGAUGCUCCUUAUGUGGAGAAGAGAGCUUUGGCACCGGAUCUGAUCACCUCCGUGAGAAGGAUGGACUGUGGGCUGUCCUGAUCUGGCUUUCAAUUAUUGCAGCUCGAAAGCAGGGUGUGGAAGAGAUCGUCAGAGAUCACUGGGCUAAGUUUGGCCGCCACUACUACUGCAGGUUUGAUUAUGAGGGGUUGGAGCCUAGAAUGACUUUUUACAUAAUGAGAGACCUGGAGGCUUUGGUCACUGACAAGUCCUUCACUGGCCAGCAGUUUGCUGUCGGGAGCCAUGUCUACAGCGUGGAAAAAGCGGACAGCUUUGAAUAUGUGGACCCCGUGGAUGGCAGUGUGACCAAAAAACAGGGACUGCGGAUCAUUUUCUCAGAUGCCUCCAGGCUUGUCUUUAGGUUGAGUGCAUCUAGUGGGGUGAGAGCUACCAUCAGGAUCUAUGCAGAAAGCUAUGAAAGGGAUCCCAGCGGUCAUGACAGGGAACCCCAGGCCGUGCUGAGUCCUCUCAUAGCCAUUGCACUGAAAAUUUCCCAGAUUCAUGAGCGGACAGGCCGCAAGGGGCCCACUGUCAUCACCUGAACCGGCGAAGGAUCACUCACCCAGGGCCCAAAGAGCAUGAGCUGCUUUUGCUGAUGCCUUCUUGCUACCUGUUUGUGCCUUGUAUGACUUUUCAAAGAGGUUUUGCUGGUGAGGGGCGGUGGUUGGGAAAGUAAAAACAAUCAGUUUUAUUUUGAUCUUAUCCAGUUGCAUUAACCGCCAAAUGCAACCCUGUAUUUAGCCGUCUGUUAAAGCUGCAAUAUCCUUUUGUAUCUCCCUCAUAACUAAACUAAGAACCAAGAACUUCCCCACUCCCAAGCCAGAAGCAGGUUGGGAGACAGCUGAACCCUGUCUUUUCCCUACCCUAUGGUGCAACAUGAAGAAAGGUUUUGGACUCGGAAGAGUGAGCAAGAUGAGCCCCAGAACUUAGGUGAUGUGGGCUCAGAUUCAGAUGAUAGAGUCCUAGCCAGAUCAUAGUAGGGCGACUGGGGCCCUAGACAGCUGGGAGGAGUGUUCCAGCUUCUGCAGUAGGUAAAAAAUUUCACCUCUCCUCUUGAGAUUGUCCACUCCCACCACUCCUUUCCUGUCUGCCUGCUUCCCUCCAUGCCCACUGCAGCAUUAUGUAAAUCACUCUUCCAUCAGAACACGAUAUUUUAACUGUAACCUGAAAGUAAGUUCUUCAUUCAUCAUUGAAGUGGGAAACAUUCGGAUGGCCAUUCCUUUGGAAAUGUUUCGAACCUAUGAGAUUUUGGCAAUGACCCGCAGGUCAAUACCGUGUGUUUGUACCAGUCUCUACUAAGAGGACAGCUACCAUUCUUUUGCUGUCCUAUCCAGGGCCGAUUUAAAGAGUCCACUUGCCAAAGGAUCCAUAUGUAGGGGUACAGAUCUCAGCCUCUUGGCAAUAGGUGCAAGAGUGCAAGUUGAAUGAGAACAAAUGGUAAAGAGUGAAGUGAAUGCUGGAAGAAUGCUUCACGGACCCAGCCAGGUGUAGGCCGUGGACCAGAAGAUGAGGGGGUGUGGGAGUAGGUGGGGGAAAACCUAGGGAGAGUCAAGAACGCAUAGCUUCCUAUCAGGCUUCCUUUCCUGGGAAACUAUACUGCAGCUCUAGCUUUAAUGCUCCCUCUCUGUACUCAAUGAGAACACAAACACUUAGUGCAUGUGACUUGUUUGCAUAUGUUUUGUUUCCUUGGGAACAGCAUGGUCACUUGUCAUGUAAUUUGUUGAGGUGGCUCCAUGCAAUCUGACACUCUUGCAGCGUGCCUGUGCAAUGGAGAGAAUGUUGCCAGGAAGGGAAUUGUUUUGAUUUUCUAUCUACGCUUUUUGUCAAAAAUUGCUAUGACAUUUAGUAGCCAAUAAAAAUGAAAUGCAGUA